AUGACAGAUGCUCUUCUAGGUAACUCGGAAAAUUGUAAUGGUAUGAAAUUGGACUUCUCCCAUGUGCAAACCUUUGAAAUCUCUUUAAAACUUGUCCUUCUCAGGUUUUUGAAAAUUGAUUGGAUAUUGGGUCCACGUUUCACUUGGACAAACAGAAGGGAGGUGCAAGCUUUGAUUCAGGAGAGAAUUGAUAGAUUUUUUGUGAACCCAAGUUGGUGUGUGAUGUAUCCUGAUGCUAAGAUAACUCAUUUGACCCAGUGUCACUUGGACCACUGUCCAAAAGCUAAGGAGUGGAAUAAUAACCAAUUCAGGAAUAUUUUCACUAGAAAAAAGAAUUUGAUGUCGAGACUAAAUGGUAUUCAAAGAGCGCUAGCUUUAAGACCAUCGGAAUUUCUUGUGAAGUUGGAGGAUGUGCUCCUUAAGGAAAUGGAUCUUGUGCUUAGACAGGAGGAGGAGUUGUGGGUUUUAAAAUCAAGGGUGAAUUGGAUGAUACAGGGUGACCAUAAUACGAACUUUUAUCAUGUUUCAACCUUGGUUAGACGGAAGAGGAAUCAAAUCAUGGCUAUCAAGAAUGUAGUGGGAGAGUGGAUCCAUGAGGAGGGGGAGAUAAAAGAUUUCAUUAGGUGUGGCUUUGAGCAGAUUUUCUUGUCUUCUCAUUCUUGUGUGUCUAGGCUAGAUCCCGCUAUUUCUCAAUGGCAACUUAGGCUCUCGGAUUUGGAGAAGGAGAAUAUUAGUGGGGGGGCUUCUGAAGAAGAGAUAAAGGCAGCCCUUUGGUCUUUGAAACCUUUCAAAGCCUUGGGACCGGAUGGGCUUCAUGUGGGCUUUUUCCAAAAGUUUUGGCAUAUUGUGGGCAAGUCCGUGAUUGAAGAGGUUCAAAAGGUUUUUGAUGAUAGAAAAGUGCCGGAGACUUUAAAUAGUACCCACAUUGCCUUGAUUCCAAAAAUUCAGAGUCCGGAAACUUUGGGUCGUAAAGGGAUUGAUAAUAUUAUUAUUGCCCAAGAGAUCAUUCAUUCCCUUGGAAAGAAGAAAGGAAGGACUGGGUAUAUGGCGCUUAAGAAUGAUUUGGAGAAAGCUUAUGAUAAGCUUGAAUGGGACUUCAUCAAAGAUAUGCUUAUUCGGGUUAAUCUUCCAAUGGAUAUUAUAGAUGUCAUAAUGAGUUAUGAUUUAAUUCUCUUUGCCAAAGUUGAUUGGGUUAAUUGUGCGGCCAUUAGAGAUGUUUUGGAUACCUUUUGUAGCAUUUCUAGCCAAAUAGUGAGUGAAGCUAAGUCAGGGGUGUACUUCUCACCAAAUGUCAAUAGGGAUACUAAGGAGUCCCUUUGUGACAUUUUGGGGUUUGCGUUAAUGCCGUAUCUUGGUAAAUACCUUGGAUUCCCGCUAAAACAUUCGGGUUCUUCUUCACAUGAUUAUGAAUUUAUUUUGGAUAGAGUGAAGCAAAAACUUUCUGGGUGGAAGGCUAACCUUUUAUCUUUGGCUGGCUGUAGAGUGCUCAUUCAGUCAUCAUUGGCUGCUAUCCCCUCGUACAUUAUGUAG